CAAUCUGAUCGCUACCCCUACUAUCGUAUCCACGCCACAGCGGGCCCAGCGCCCUUCCCUUCGCCAUCAAUAUGCCGAUUCGGCCACCUUGCAACCGGCUCCCGAUUUGCCGCCGCGUUCCUAGGGAUUCGUCAUUCACCUCCGCCGUCCAACAAAACUUCGAGGAUUGGUUCGUCGGGACCUCAUGAACGUUUGUCCACAUGAUACGAGGAUCUUGGCCUUCAGCUCUUCAUCGUCGUCGACAAGUAGCAAGUAAACAACGUUAACCAGCUUGCAGACUACCCUAAACCCUGAACCUCUUUCAACUCGAAACUUUACGCCCAAGAUGCCUUCCUCUUCAAAGAUGACCUCUGGAAACUUCCGGACCUCCUCCUACGUCCUGGGCGAGGGGAACACCAUCAAGAUCCAUUACUAUCGUUCUCAACCUAGCAAGUCCGAGGAGACUGAGCAAGCUCGACGAAUGCCCAUCUUGCUCCUUCACGGGUACCCUCAGACGAGCUUCAUGUGGAAAGAGGUCGUUAGGGAGAUGAGCGGGCAGUAUGACUUGGUCGUCCCGGAUCUUCGAGGAUAUGGGAGAAGCUCCAAGCCUAAGGGUAGCGAGACCCACGUGGAGUACAGCAAACGGGAGAUGGCCAACGACAUGGUCAACCUGAUGAACGGGCUCGGACUCGAAUGUUUUGACGUGGUGGCGCACGACCGGGGCGCCCGGGUGGCCCAUCGCUUGAUCCUCGAUCAUCCGGGGUCCGUACGGAGAGCCAUGUUGAUCGAUAUCGCGCCGACUUUGACUACUUUCGAGUCUAUGGAUCAGGAUUUCGCUACUGGAUAUUGGCACUGGUUCUUCCAGAUCAUGCCUAGCCCACUCUCGGAAAACAUUAUCAAGAAUGCCGGUGACGCUUAUUGGGAAGCCGUCACUCACAACGCCAAGGCCGGGAAUUUCCAGUUUGAUGAGGGCGCUGAGCGGAUGUACAAGACCGCUUUGCUCACCGACGAUUCGAUCCACGCUACAUGUGAGGACUACCGAGCCGCAGCUAGUAUCGACCUGGAGCACGACCGCUUGUCUCGUCAAGCCGGGCAGAAGAUCGAGGUGCAAGCGUUGCGAAUCAUUUGGGGCGGUCGAGGUCAGGUCGAGAAGACCUUUGGCGAAAAGACAAUCCAGGUGUGGAAGGAUUGCUGUGACGACAAGACGCCCGUCUCUGGAGAAAAGUACGAUGCUGGCCAUUACAUUCCGGAAGAAAAGCCAGAACAGCUCGUCAAGGAUAUCAUCAACUUUGUAUCUUGAAGAUUGUCGGACGGAUGUGUGUAUUAUCAUGUGGGUGGACAUCUAUAACUAUACAACG